CGGUAAAGCGGUAAACACAAAGUCUGGCACAACACACGCGCGGUCCGGUUAGAAAGAAAAAAAAAUCGCAAUGCGUUGGCGGGUAUUUAACUCGGCUGGCCAUGGGUGCUGGCCUCACUCCUAAAGCAACCAGUUCCAGUGGACUUUUUUUACUCAGUUUCGCCUAUAUUAUUUGCAUACACAACGCAUGGUUGAGAAAAACUACUGCUGCUAAUAGAGGCAAACCUUUAGCAUCAUGAGUCGUGGCCCGCCGGGGCAAUUUUACUUUAGAGCCAUAUUAUGUGGACUACUACUCGUUUUGGUGUGUUCUUCUGUUGGUGUUUUAGCCUCGCCGUACGAUGACAGUGAAGGGGACCCGGCACCGCGACACUUUCCCCCGGCCCCUUUUGAUGCGGAGAGACACAAUAACUGGCAACCAUUCAACAACAGAAAACUUGACCUCUUUGAGGAGCAGAUGUCCUCCCGUCCUCGAUCUGCGGCUGCGUACAACAACCUACAACAUGAAUUAUGGGAUAAAAAGAUGGCCGACGAUGAGGAGGCCGAUGACGUCAGUGAUGACGUAACCAACUACGAAGAAAGGAAAUGGCAGUCCCUUCAGAACAGGGUGGCCGACAGCUACUUUAUGAGAAUUGUAAACUAUCUGCUGAAGAAGGAUUCUUUUGGUGGCAGCGGUGGGAUCAGUGUUUUACCUCAGGGAGAAGAGUAUCAAGCCGACGGUAUCGAGGUUGAACGACGCGCUUCAAAACUACCGGAAACGUGCGGACGUCGUCGCUUAGAGUCCAGCAUCGCCAAACGGGUGGUACUUGGGCAUGCGUCAAAGGCGGGAUGGCCCUGGUUGGUGCAGUUAACUCAACUCGACGGAACGCAACCUUACUGUGGAGGCACGCUGUUGAAUGAGGAUUUUGUACUCACUGCUGCACACUGUUUCGACAGACAUGAACCAAACGAAGUUUUCGUCACUCUUGGCGACAAGGAUCGCUCGAAGGAAGACGGCACAGAGCAGCGAUUCCGCAUCGAGUGUGUCUACAUCCACGAGGCGUACAUCCCAAAGGGAGACUACAAAGACGACGUGGCCCUCGUACGACUCAAGACCGGUGGACGUAAGAUGGUCAAGAUGAACCCUGCCGUGCAACCAGCCUGUUUACCACCCCAGCGACUGCCGAAGGCUCAGGACUUGUUCGGGCCUGGUGAUGAGUGUUUUGUGGUCGGGUGGGGCUUCACAGAUCCACUGACGUACUUCAACUCCAAGCACCCGACCGUUCUCCACCAGGCCCGGCUGCCCAUCCUGUCCCCAAAGGAUUGCCGUGAUGCAUACGGUGCCCUCUACACGGACAACAUGAUCUGUGCCGGACACAUGACCGGUGAACACCGGACAGAUGCCUGCAAGGGAGACAGUGGAGGCCCGCUCCUCUGCCGGUCCAAGGAGGACCAGUGGGUGGUAUGGGGUAUCGUCUCGUGGGGGCAUAACUACUUUUGUAACGGGUCCCCUGAUAAGCCAAUACCCACCGUCUACACAAAGGUGGAAGAGUACCUGCCGUGGAUAAGGAAAAGAUUACGACUCGAGCAAUGCUGAUAUCUGUUGACUUUUGACCUUAAGUCGUGACGUAUUUCCGGCCCUUGCAAGGGCCGGAAAUACGUCACAAGUCAUUGGUGCCACUUACGGCUGUGCGUAACAUCUCACGUUACUUACUUCGACUACGUGACACUUACAAACUGGUUCCAGAUUAAACACAAUCUAAAGGCACUGGACACCCCGUCAAAGCCUAGUACGAUGUAUCCUAUCAAUUUGCAUAAAAUAACAAAUCUGUAAAAGUUUUAACUCAAUUGGUCAUCGAAGUUGCAAUGGAAUAAUUUAA